AUGGCUUCUCAACGGGCUCUGUUCACUGCUUCCCGUCUACAGACGCUAACCUACCUGCUUGGCGUCUGUCCAUUUUCCAUCGCCUUUCUGGUGUUUAUCAACUCCUCCAUCUCUUUUGUUGUUACGGACUUGAUUGGAAUCCAUGAUGGAGAGGGUGAUGCCGUUGGGACCUUAGGAUUUGCUGAUGAAUUGCUUGCGCUGGCCGCUUGUCCCCUCUGGGGCGUGUUCUCGGAUCACAUCGGAGUUCGCCAUGUAUGCGCCCUCGGUUACGCCAUAAUAGCUUUCGCAUUGGUCCUGCUCGUCCAAGCGAAGAAUGUCUAUCCCGAGUUGCUUCUGGGGAGGCUGCUAUUCAGUGUUGGGGGAUCUGCAGUCUCGACCAUGGUCACAGCUGUUCUACCCGCCGUUACUGGAAAGGCCCCCAACACACAGACCUACCGGAUGUCACUGUCAUCUGAAACCGCCGCAGAUUCACCAUCCUCCCGGCUGGCCGGGUUUGUGGGCAUGUGUGCUGGGUGCGGUGCGCUCGUGUCGCUGUCUGUGUUCCUUCCACUUCCUGCUCGAUUUGAAAAUUGGGGUUCAUCGCCUAUUCAGGCCAUCCAGUACAGCUACUAUCUUGUCGGGGUGGUGGCUCUCUUGAUCAGCAUUUGUUGCUUGGUUGGAUUGAGAGACCUUUUGGGAGAAGAAGAUAAGGGAUGGACAUCGCUGUUGUCAAAAAACCAGGGCCAAUCGGUUGAGACCACAAGCAAUGACCAGGAUGAUGUUACGCAUAGGAUACCGCAGCUGCCCUAUUGGAAACAGUUGAGCACCGCCGUUGUCCUGGGCUUUCAAAACCCGGCCAUCGGCCAGGGCUACCUUGGAGGAUUUGUGGCACGAGCUUCCUCCGUUGGUAUUUCAUUAUUCAUACCUCUCUUUGUCAACCACUACUACCGAGUGUCGGGCCUCUGUGAAGAAAACCGUGAACCGGUAUCUGAUAUCAAAAAGUCGUGUCCCAGCGCUUACAUAUUGGCUGCAAUUCUAACCGGAGUUUCUCAGCUGGUAGCAUUGAUUGCGGCUCCAGCGUUCGGGUUUCUUUCAGAGAAGUCACGAAGAUAUCAAUUACCUCUUCUCUUUUCCUCCCUCGCAGGUAUUAUUGGCUAUACAGCCUUCGGACUAAUCCCCAGUCCACAAUUCAAGGGAGAUGAUGGAAACCCAGGAGUUUUCAUUUUGAUGGCUCUUAUUGGUCUCAGUCAGAUUGGCGCCAUUGUUUGCAGUUUGGCUGUGCUGAGCAACGGUAUUUUAAGUAUAAGUGUCAGCGACGGAACCUUGAAGCAAGGCGAAGCCGAUGAUCAUACAAGCAGAACAGGAACGGCGAAUGAACCUAUUACGACUAAUGUCGUUGAGCAGGAGCCCGGUGAGCAGCAGCCUUUAUUGGCGUCAGCCCCGGGCCAGAACUUGCAGCAAUUUUCGCACCUUAAAGGGUCAAUCGCUGGCGUGUAUUCUCUGUAUGGAGGCGUCGGUAUCCUGCUUCUCACCAAGGUUGGUGGCGCUCUCUUUGAUACUGUCUCAUCAAGUGCUCCAUUCUUUAUCAUGACAAGCUUCAACGGUGUUCUGUUGUUGGCCGGGAUUUUAGGAGGCUUCAUGAGCAAGCCUCAUCAGGCAGCGACUCAUGCAGCAGCUUAA